AUGGGGAUACCACGGUGUACAUUUGUUCUGGACGGUCUCGAUGAAUGUAGAUGGGCUGGACAGGACCAAACCCCCAACGAUGGGGCCUCGAUCGUUGACUUUCUGGAGGCAUUGAGACAAUCAGUUGCUGGUACAUCUACUCGCAUUUUGAUUGUUAGCCGUGAUGAGCCAGAGAUCCGGGCUUGUCUGUUUAACGAGGCUUCUAUCAAUGAUGCCAGUGUGAUCCAGCACAGCAUCUCACCCGAGGACGUCCGGCCCGAUCUUGAGAUAUUUUCUCGAAGAAUAGUGAACAAAAAGCUACCAACAAAAACAGAGGCAAUAAAAGGGGAUAUUACCCAAAAAUUGGCCGAACGCUGUAACGGACAGUUCCUCUGGGUCCAGAUGCAGGAGAGUCAGCUGCGCGACGGGAAAAGUCAAAAACAGCUUGAGAAAACAAUCAAUUCCACUCCGCCUGGUCUUGAAAAAUCAUACGACCGAGAAUGGAUGGGAAUCUCGCAUCUACCGGAGUAUGAGCGAGAACGAGCUAUCUCCCUACUACGGUGGGCCGCGUUUGCCCUUCGACCUCUUUCAGUCUGUGAACUGACCGGGGCUCUCUUGGUCAGCGCAGAUUGUGAUGAGGUCAGAUUUGAUGGGGUCCCGGACAGCAUCAACGAGGGUUAUAUCAAAACAGAAAUAAUGGAACUUUGUGGGUCAUUGAUUGACAUUCGAAGUCCCCAGGCAGAAUGUGAUCUUGGGUCGAGAACGGUGCAUUUGGCGCAUUUCUCUGUCAAGGAAUACUUGCUAUGUAAUCUUCCGACGCAAGGGAGACUACUACAACUCAACUCGAGUUUGAAAUCCCCAAGUGAAGGAAUUGAGAACACCUUGGCUGCUAAGAUGUGUCUUUGCUAUGUGGACUGCCAAGAAGUUUGGCAAGAGACUCCUGAGGAGGGAAGGAACCAGAUCCUAGGCUCUUUCCGGGAUUAUGCAGCCAGCUCAUGGUAUCAGCACGCCUCUUUUGGAGAUGUGCGUGACUCGGAGCUAGUGAAAUUUGUGAGCCGACUUUUUGACAUCGAAAAUCCAAACUGGGCCUCGUGGAAAAAAUGGUUCGACUUCAAUGAUGAGUCACGAGGGAUACAGUGUACCAACUUCACAGAGGAUUCAGACUCAUCGGUCUCUGAAGAAGGACGAAUUAUCCAAACCACCUCCAUGAGCCCUUUGUACUACGCAACAUGGCUUGGCCUGACUGAUACCAUGGACCUCCUCCUGCGAAGCAAAGAAUGCCCCAUUGACGAGCAAGGGAACUUGGGACAGACGCCGUUAAUAGCAGCCUGUGAAAGAGGAGACCUAGAGGCUACGAAGAAGCUCUUGGACAAUCAUGCGAAUGUCGAAAUCGCUAGUGAUAACAAGCACACUCCUCUUCACACUGCCGCGUGCAAUGGGCAUGACGAAGUAGUGAAACUGCUACUUGAGAAGGACGCCAAGCUGCGCAACGUAUUCGAUGGUUCGACAAUGCCACUUUUCUGUGCAUGCAUGAACGGUCAUUAUCAGGUAGCCCAAGUACUCCUUCAAUGGGAACCUGAUAUGAUCGUUGGACGUGGGGAUAUACCUCUGGUUGCUGCUUCCUACGGAGGGUUUUUGGACAUUGUUCAGCUCCUUAUUCAGAAAGGAGCACAUGUUGGUGCAUCUAAUACGUCCGGAAGGACAGCUCUAUAUACCGCUUGCGACAGAGGUCAUGUUGAUGUUGUGCGCCUAUUGAUUGACAACGGUGCAGAACUCAACAUUCAGGGCCCAUUUGGAUGGACGCAAGUAAAUAUCGCCGCUGACCGGGGAUUUUUAGACAUUGUUCUACUUCUUAUUGAGAAAGGGGCAGAUAUCCAUAUCCCAAACGAGAAUGGGGAUACACCCCUCUAUUCCGCUUGCAAUGGAGGUUUUAUUGAGGUCGUGCGCCUAUUGCUUGACAAAGGGGCAGACAUCCACCAGCAGAACCAAUUUGGAUGGACACCAGUAAAUGGUGCCGCUGAUGAAGGUUUUUUCGACGUUGUUCAACUUCUUAUUGAGAGAGGGGCAGAUAUCCACAUCGUCGUGCGCCUAUUACUUGACGAGGGUGCGGAUAUCCACCAUCAGAACCGAUUUGGAUGGACGCCAGUACAAGUGGCCUCAGAUAAAGGGUUUUCAGACAUUGUUCUGCUUCUUAUCGAGAGAGGGGCAGAGGCAGAUAUCAACCUCCCGGACCAGGAUGGGGAGACAACUCUCUAUAAUGCGUGCUACAGUGGCCGCGUUGAAGUUGUCAAAGAGCUUGUUGCAAAUGGAGCAGACCUUGAAUUUGCAAAUGAAAGUGGCGUGACGCCGCUAAACAUCGCUUCUCUGCAUGGAUUUUUGGACGUCAUUGCUGUACUGCUCGAGAAGGGGGCCGCCAUUGAAACCACGGACAUUGUUGGCAGGACACCCAUAUACAUGGCUUCACUCAAAGGCUAUGUGGAAGUUAUUAAUUUGCUACUCGAGAAGGGGGCAAACAUUUCUACCAUUGUCGACGGUGGUCUCACGCCUCUAUAUGCUGCUUCAUCCAAUGGCCACACAGAAGUUGUCAUUCUUUUGCUCGAGAAGGGGGCAUGCAUUUCUACCAUUGCCGACGGUGGUCUCACGCCUCUCCUUGCUGCUUCAUCCAAUGGCCACACAGAAGUUGUCAUUCUUUUGCUCGAGAAGGGGGCAUGCAUUUCUACCAUUGCCGACGGUGGUUUCACGCCUCUAUAUGCUGCUUCAUCCAAUGGCCACACGGAAGUUGUUAAUCUUUUGCUCGAGAAGGGGGCAAGCAUUUCUACCAUUGCCGACGGUGGUUUCACGCCUCUAUAUGCUGCUUCAUCCAAUGGCCACACGGAAGUUGUCAAUCUUUUGCUCGAGAGGGGGGCAAAUACUGCUAGUAUGACUAACGGUGGCCACACGCCUCUACAUGCUGCUUCAUCUAGUGGCUACUUAGAAGUUGUCAAUCUUUUACUCGAGAAGGGGGCAAACAUCGCUAGUAUUACAUACGAUGGCUCUACGCCUCUACAUAAUGCUUCGUUAAAUGGCUAUAUAGAAGUUAUCAAUCUUUUACUCGAGAAGGGUGCAAACAUUGCUAGUGUUGCCGAAGGUGGUGUCACGCCUUUACAUGAUGCUUCAUUGGAUGGCUGUAUAGAAGUUGUCAAUCUUUUGCUCGAGAAAGGGGCAAUUAUUGAAAGCGUGACGAAAGGUGGUGCCACACCUUUACAUUUUGCUUCAUUGGAUGACUCGCUAGACGUCGUCAAUCUGUUGCUCGACAAAGGAGCAGCGAUCGAAAGUUUAGAUGUCCGUCUGGGGACACCGCUACAUAUAGCUUCAGCUUCUGGUCAUACCGAAAUUGUGAAUCUGCUGCUAAAGAGGGGCGCGGCCGUCGAGAGUGGGAAUUUUGAUGACAGGACGCUCUUGCACUAUAUCUCACCACGUGGCCAACUAGAAGUCAUCAACAAUUUCCUCCAUUCUGAAAAUCUCAGGAUCGAUAUUCGAGUUGGAAGCUGCACACCACUGUUUUAUGUUGUCGCGCGAGGCCGCAGCAAAGUGGUGAAGCUUCUUCUUCUUCCACCCCUCUCUGAAAAUGCGAGGGAUUGGUAUAGCGUGAUGCGACUUUUAGCUGCUGCGAGAAACGGGUACGAAGAAGUCAUCGACCAGUUGGUCAGGUUGGCAGGGCUGAAGUCGAGCCUAGACAGAUUUGGUCGAGACUUGAUGUGGUGGGCGAUAGGGAUUGGGCGUGGUCGAAUCUUUAGUCUGAUACGCCAGUGGUACUACACAGAAAACCUUGGUGCUCGAAUCCCUCGAGCUAGUGACGAUAAGCUAUGGUCUUUGGUCAAUUUGAAUCUGGGGCGGAUUUGCGACGUCUGCACUCGGCCUAUACUGGUUAAUACUCCAUAUCGCAGAUGUGAAGGUUGCAACAAUUUCAGCAUUUGCCUACAUUGUUCAGGGUUCAAGGUGAUAUGCCUGGACACUGCUCAUGAGUGGUCCUCCUGCGGGCCUGAUGGUUCUGGUGACAGUGAGACGGAUAAGAAGGAUGAGAGGGGGGACAGUAACUAA